GCGCAACAUUUUUCCCGUAGAUUGUACUUCGGAAAGCAGAAUGAUGCAUGUCCCUUUGGUGCUUCUCGUUCUUGGGUUAUGUACAUUUAAAGAAACAUGUGAAGCUACCAGCGCUGAGAAUUCUGCGCUGGGAAGAGUGAUAGAUCUUCGAAAGGUCAACUUAUUGGCCGACUUUCAGGAGCAUGAGAACAGGAUCUUUGAGGAGCUCCCCUCCAAAUGUCUCGUGAAGAAAACUUUGAAGUCUUCGAGCAGCCACUUCGAAUAUUACGCAAAUACCAAGGAAUUUUAUAAGUCACUUGCCACCCAGUCAAGCUUGAGCGCCUCUUUGCAGUCCUCCUACUCGUUGGGUGUGACGGUAUCAGUAGCAACAAAGAGCAAAAGUUCACAGCAAAGUGAAGUGAGUGGCAUGUCUUUAAUCAAGCAGGCGUUAACAGAAAAGAUCCACGUCGAUAAAGAAUGUCUAACGAGUGACGACAUCUCCACCUUCAAAAGAACAUUUCUAAAUGACCUCGAGGACUUGCCCGUAAACAUCGAAAAUCCCUGGGAACCAAACUCAUGGAGAGAGUAUCGUAAUUUUCUCAAGGAAUACGGUUCUCAUGCCAUAACAUCUGUGAAGCGUGGAUCAAGAUUUCAGCAAAUGACAUUCGCAGAGAGCUCUAAGGCUUACACUGAAAGAGAUUUCCAAGUAAAAGCUUGCGUUUCGGUCGCAGGACCUACCCAGGUUGGAAAGGUUGGCGUCUCUGCAUGUUCAAACGUAAGCCAAAGUGAGAUAUCCAAAGCGAGCAGUAUGAGCACAAGCGAGAAACGCUUUGUCAAAGGUGGAAAAAGGGAAACAAAUAGCAAGCUGGCAAACGGGGCGACGUCGGUUGAAUUGCUUGACCAACUCAUGAAUGAGGCAGAUGAAUUUCCCGCGUCUGUUCAGCACACCUUCAUGGCGAUCUGGACCAUCCUGCAGAGCCGAUUUAAGCAUGGAUCUCCUAACAAUAUCCGAGCCACAAACCUUGAGUACUACUACCUUGGGUUCUUGAAUUAUGGUUGUCCAUACAUAAGUAGCUCUGGACUUGCCAUACAAAAAUUUGACCACACCAGUAGCUCCAGCGAGGAGUAUCCAGAAUUCGAGUGUACCCUGGCAAAAGAGGGCUGCCACAAUAGCGAUGACUGCCACUACAAACCUAUUUGGUGCUCCUGCCGUGGUCCAACGUGUGUCCAUUACAAGAAAGUGAAAGAAGGUGCAGGUGACUCUAAGUUAACUGCAUACCCAAACACAUUUGAAGAUUGGGGAUGGCAAGGUUGCGAUUGGAAACUUGCAGGAUCUUGGUGCGAGUGCUAUAAUAAAAAUCGUGAUCAGCGGAAAACUGUGUGGUUCUUGCCAAACAGAGAUGCCCCAACACACAAAGCAUCAACCAAAACCGCUGCAAAAAAGGCAGAAGAUUGAUGUCUCCAAAGUACACCGCUGGAAAGAAGAAAUGACAAACGAAAGAAACUUUAAAUUUUGACGUACUUAGGUAACUUGCGUUAGUAUUUAAAUUUGGCAGGCUUAAAGUUAGAACCAUGCAUGUGUCUCAUUGUGUUUGAAUAAAAGGUAAAAUGUGAA